AAAAUAACUGGGAAAGCUCAAAUUGAGUUUUAAGCAUUGGUUCCAAAGUUAAAAUUUGGGUAUCCUUAGUCGCAUUCUUGUCAGUUGCAAGUGGUGUUCACAUUGUAAUAAAUCUUUGACCAAGUCCCCAUCGUUUCUGUUUGUAUGUCACAUCAUUAUCCCUUGAGCUGUCCACAACAGAUGGAAAAAUUUUCAAUCGUAGAUGUUCAUCCAUUUUCAUCCUAAACUUUACAAAAUCUCAAACGUCGAACCCUUGAGCCCUGGUUUCGUUUUAGUUUUCAACUGGAAGUCAAAUGGGUAGUCUUUAGUGUUCUUCAGAUCUUACAAAGCAAUUCUGUUUCCCAUGACACCAAUGGCUGAAGGAGUUCUGUUCAAUCUAGCUGCGGAUAUCAUUAAAAAACUAAGCUCUCUAGCUUCCCAACAACUUGGAAUGCUAUGGGGAGUGAAGGAUGAGCUAACCGAACUCAGAAGCUCUGUUUCAGCCAUCAAAGCUGUAGUUCUUGAUGCAGAGGAGCGCCAAACUAAAAGUCACUUUUUGAAGGAUUGGCUCGAGAAGUUGAAAGAAGCUCUUUAUGAUGCAGAAGAUGUACUUGAUGAAAUCUCUUGUGAGGCUGUUCGUCGAGGAAGAAAAGCGAAGCAGGUAAGGAUCUUCUUCUCUAGAUAUAACCCCAUCGCAUUUGACUAUAAGAUAACACGUCAAAUAAAGAAUGUUAGAGAGAGGUUGGAAGUGAUUGCUGCUGAAAGAAAGAACUUUCAUUUGACUGAAAUCAUUGGACAAAAGACUCAGCAUGGUUCGUUUGAUCAAAUUCAUAUGGGGGCAGAGACUCACUCUUUUUCAAAUAAUGAAGAGGUGAUCGGAAGGGAUGAUCAUAAGAGAGUAAUAAAAGAUCUUUUACAAGAUAUGAAUGUCAAAGACAAUAUUUCAUUCAUCGCAAUAGUUGGAAUGAGUGGAAUAGGCAAGACAACACUGGCUAGAUCCCUCUUCAAUGAUUCACAAGUAUCACAAUGUUUUGAUCUAAAAAUUUGGGUUUGGGUUUCUCAAAAUUUUGAAGUGAAAAUAGUAGUGGAGAAGAUUAUAGAAUCCGCAACAAAUAGCCGUCCUAAUGUACAUGGGAUGGAAUCUCUGCAAACCCAGCUUCAAAAAAUGCUCCAAGGAAAGAAAUAUCUGUUGGUUAUGGAUGAUAUAUGGAAUGAAAGCGAACAAAAAUGGUUCGAAUUGAAAAACUUGUUGAUGGGUGGUGCGAGAGGGAGUAAGAUUAUGAUCACAAAGCGUGAUAGUACACUAGCGGUAGAGAUCUCAAACAUGACGUCUUUAAUCACUUUGAAGGGCCUAUCAGAGAGUGAUUCUUGGUCGUUGUUUAAAAAGGUGGCAUUCAUGGAUGGUAUAGAGCCAGAAAAUCCGAAGUUGAUACAAUUAGGAAAAGAGAUUUUGGUGAAGUGUGGAGGUGUUCCUCUUGUAAUAAGGCAUAUAGGACGUCUGCUAUACAUAGAAAAAUCUGAAGAAGAAUGGAUAUCCUUCAAGAAUAACCAACUUUUGGAAGUCAUUCAACGGGAUCACGACAUGGCAUCGAUACUAAAAUUGAGCUAUAACCACCUUCCAUCAAAUUUAAAGCAAUGUUUUGCUUAUUCAUCCUUGUUACUUAAAUAUAGGCUCAUCCAUAAAGAUGAAUUGAUUCGACAAUGGGUGGCUCAAGGUUUUGUCCAAUCACUAAAUGGGUGUAAAUCCAUGGAAGAUACAGGAAAUGACUAUUUCAUGGAAUUGUGUUGGAGGUUCUUCUAUGAAAAUUUUAAUGACGAGCAUAACUUUGAGGAUGAUGUUUAUAUCCAUGAUGUGAUGCAUGAUCUUGCUAGGAUGGUAGCAGGAAACGAAUAUGUAGGUGGGAAUCAGAAUCAUGAUCAUGUUGUUGGCGAAAGUACUCGCCAUAUCUUAUUCGACCGUGAAAUAGGAAUAUGGGAACAUGUUCCAUCCAAAUUACGCAAGGCAAAAGGAUUGAGAACCUUUAUUUUAUCCAAUGAUAUCUUGGACAGGAAGAAUCAGAUGAAUGAAGUUGUUUUAGAUGAGCUCUUUUGCAGAUUUUCACGUUUGCGAGUACUAGAUUUAAAGUACUCAAAUAUUAAAAGGGUGCCAGAUUCUAUCAAAAGGCUUACACAUCUUCGAUAUCUUGAUCUAUCUGGAAAUUAUAUGAAAUCACUCCCAAAUUCUGUCACUGCAUUGGUAAAUCUGCAAACACUAAAUCUAAAGCAAUGUUAUGCACUGAAGAAACUGCCAAGAGGGACUAGAAAUCUGGUAAAUCUUAGGCAUCUUAAUAUAUCUGAUUCAACCCAUCUAACCCAUAUGCCAGAAGGAAUGGGAAAAUUGACUUGUCUACAGACAUUAAGUUCAUUUGUGUUGGACAGUCAUAGUCAUAGGCUUGGGAGUAAGCUAAUCGAACUGAAUGGGCUGAACGAUCUAAGAGGAUCCUUAGAGAUUAUAGGUUUAGAGAAUUUGAAGUUUACACCAUCGGAAGCCAGUUUAGCAAACCUGAAAGAGAAAAAAGGUCUGCGACAUUUGACACUGAUAUGGAAGAAUCUGAGUGGGGAUGAGCAUAGAUUCCAAGCUGAUGAAGAAAUAUUAGCAGGGCUAGAACCAAAUCCAGCCAUUGAAUCCUUUAGAAUCUCAGGGUAUUUUGGAGUCAAAUUACCCAACUGGUUGUCCUUGUCCAGCCCACUUAUGAAGCUAACUCGCAUUAUGAUCGUGAAUUGCAAGAGACUGCAAAAUCUACCUCAGAUCCAGCACCUUCCUGCUCUCAAGUCUCUAUACUUAGUGAACUUAACAUCUCUCAAAUUCAUAGACAACACUGAUCCAUACUCAUCAGCACUGUUUUUUCCAUCUCUAGAAAGUCUAUGUUUAAUGGAUAUGCCUAAUUUGGAAGCAUGGUGGGAAAGGGAAUCAAUGGUGGAAGAGGAAUUCCUUCCAACGUUUCCAUGUCUAACUAUACUAUCAAUCUCCAACUGUCCGAAGCUAGCUACCAUGCCAGGACACCCACCUUUAACAGAUAUUACAUUAGACGGUGUUGGUCUACAGAUGAUGAGUAGCAUACGAAGCAGUUCAAAUUCCUCUCCAUCUUCGAGUUUGAAAAGUCUAGAACUCAAAGGAAUCGAGGAUCUACAAAAUUUAUCACACAAACUACGACAAAAUCUCAAUUCAUUGAAAUUUCUGUAUAUAACAGAAUGCGAAAAUUUGGUGAACUCACUCUUUGACGAUACGCGUAGUAGUAGUAGUACCUCGACCAGGAAUUAUACAGAGCUUGGAGAUGCUAUGCAAUGGAAAUUCCUUCAUAAUCUGAAAUUCUUACGUCUUGAGAAUCUCCCGAAGCUAGUGUCGCUGCCAAUCGAGGUCCAGCAUUGGACUGUCCUGAAAUUUCUGAUAAUAUCAAAAUGCCCUAAUUUCAGCAGCUUACCGGAAUGGAUUGGCGAGCUGGUUUCACUUCAGGAGCUGGAGAUUCUUGAGUGUCCAAAAUUAAAAUCACUGCCGGAGGGAAUUCGGGAACUCAAAGCUUUGAAUCACCUCCGCAUUGCGGGUUGCCGGGAAUUGGAAGAAAGAUGCAGAGAGGGCGGCGAGGAUUGGCCUAAGAUUGCACAUGUCCCCCAUUUUUGGCGGUUCCUUUCGUACUACAAAAGAUACGAAAAUGCCGCCGACUUCAACACUCAGCAACCAUCUCUUUCUUCAGGAUCGGAAGCAAAGCGCGGGAUAUGGAGGAAAAUGAAAGUGUACUUAAUCACCAAGAGAGGGUAAAGAUGUUACCUUCGCAUCAGCAUCCAAUGGUGGCUUCACUUCUUUGCCAAUCUUAUUGAUUGCGUAAGUUCUUAGGG